AUGUCCGACAUCUCGCUCAGCGACUUCGACGUCAACAAGCUGAACGAGAAGGACAAGGCCGAGCUGCGCCAGUUCCUCAACAACGAGAACCAGAAGGCCCGCGUCCAGGCGACCGUCCACUCCCUGACCGAUAUCUGCUUCAAGAAGUGCAUCACGAGCACGGUCCGCAACGGCAAGCUCGACCGGAGCGAGGAGGGCUGCAUGGCGAACUGCGCUGACCGGUUCAUAGACGUCAGCCAGCUAACGAUGAAGCACUUGCAGAGCUUGCGGCAGGGCUGA